AUGAGAUCAACAGCCAUUGUUGAAACCUAUCAAAAUUCCGAUAAAGUGGAUGUUUUCGAUAGGUUUUAUGUGUGUUUUGACAAGCUGAGGAGUAGAUGGAAAUCUAGUUGUAGGCCAAUGCUUGGCCUAGAUGGGACGUUCUUAAAGACUGGUGUGGAAGGAUGCUUGUUUACUGCGCUUGAUCAUGGUCCUAAUAAUCAGAUCUAUCCGGUUAUUUGGGCUGUGGUACAAUCUGAGACUGGAGAGAAUUGGACAUGGUUUAUGAAGUUAAUCAAAACUGACUUGGGUCUUGAAGAUGGCAGCGGUUGCUACAUUCAGCUACUGAGUAAGGACGAAGGAGUUCUAGGCCAAUCACGUGGUGGCACUCAACAGCUGAGGGAAGGAGCCAAUGGAAGGAGCCACUUGAUCCAGGAAGAUAGGAUCAAGGAGGAGAUGUUCAUCCUCAACGGACCAAUCACGUUCAGCCACCCAGCAGCUUGGGGAAUGGACCAAUGGGAAGGUGCCAUUCGACCCAAGUGGAUGGGGAUGGGAGAAGCAGCUCCAGGCGUGCUUCCAUGCCAUUGGUUGCAUGCAGAAGCAAGGUGUCGCGUUCUGAAGCUGUUAUGCAUUCGUGGUGAGGAUCUGGAUGGCUAUGCCAUCAGAUCUAUUUUGUGGAGGUUCUGGUUGGUAAUCUUUCACGCGGGGAAAGCUCUGCUUGAGAGUAAUCUUUCACGUAAGGGAGAGCUCUGCCACAGAACCGGGGGGUGGUGUACUCAAGACAUUCACGCACAACUCCUUUCAUGUGCGAUUGUUAGGAGGUGCCCCAGCCUAUUACAACGGUGUGGGAAGAACUCGGAGAGACGGGAUUGCAGCCUAGGCCGAGUUAAUAUCAUACGACGGUAUGAUCCGACUAACAGUGAGGUUAGGUCGAUGAGUGAGGGCCGGUCAGGUUACUGUGUGUUUCCUGGCGCGGGACUAUUUACUGCUGUGAAAGAUGUGUUGCCAAAUGCAGAGCACAGAAUAUGUGUGAAACAUAUUGUGGAGAAUUUGAAAGGCUUGUUAAAGAUGUUGGUUUGGAAAAUUUCUCGGAGCUGUAACCUAAUAGAUUAUCGUGAUAAUCUCAAGAAGCUGAGAAAGUAUGAUCUUGAUCUAUAUGAAUCUGUGAUGAACGAAGAACCACGAAUUUGGUCAUUGGCGUUUUACAAGCUUGGGAGCUACUGUGAUAAUGUUGAAAACAAUUCAACUGAAUCUUUCAACUCCAACAUUUCAAAGGCAAUAGGUAAAGCUCUCAUACUUGAGACCAUUAAGAGACUAGCAAUGGCUAGGAAUGCAAAGAGGAACAAGAAAUCUGAAAGGUGGAAUGGAAGAUACUCUAAGUAUGUGAAGCUGGUUCUUGCUGAGUUGAAGAAGAAUGCAGAAAAAUGUUCAGUUACUCCAGCCACACAUGGACGCUACGAGGUGGAUCUGUUUGGUCAGAGGCAUUAUGUCAACCUUAAAAACAAGACGUGCACAUGUGUCAAGUGGCAAAUCUCACGAAUCUUGUGUGAGCAUGCAUAUGGAGUUAUCAUAGAUCAAUGUUUUGAUACAGAUGACUAUGGCAAUGAGUGCUUCUCAACAACUAAGUGGAGAGAUUGUUACAGUGAUAACCUCGAACCAAUGAGACGACCAAGCUUUUGGAUAAACCGCAGUUCUUAUAGAUUGGUAACAGCUCCUCCUGAACCUGAAACUCCUGGUAGAAAGAAAAGCAAAAAGAUUAGAAAGCGAGUCAAAGGGAAAUUCGAGUCACCAAAGAAGAAAAAGAAAGUGGUUCAAAAACCUGGCAAGCGAGGUCGAGUUAUGCAUUGCUCAAAGUGUGGUGAAACUGGACACAAUGCAGCAGGAUGUAAGAUACAUCCAAAGAAGAAGAUGAAGAUGAAAGAAGUAGCAAGUGACCAGAUAGCAAUAUUGUUUUUCAUCUUUGUUGUUGGAUUGUGUAUUUAG